AUGCACCCGGAGCAUGUUCACUGGCUGCUUGAGCAGGAAGAGACGAAGCAUGUUGUGGAACAAGCCAAGUAUUGGGCCAACACUCGCAGGCAUGAGAAGGUCAACAAGCCUGUCACUGAAGGCAUCGAGGUUUUCGGGCCUGCUGAUUUUAACCAGUUAGCGGCUUCCAUAGUUGACUGGGCAGACAUGCUGUUGAAUGGUGCCCCUUUCACAAAGGAAGUUGAGCAAUGUCGUUUGGAGACAGCUGUCCAGUCUUGCAGGACCCAAGCUGCACUUCUUGAGAACAUUGCGGCAGGCAGUGUGCUGGAGCAACAUCAUGGGACUGGUCGUUUCAAUUUGGUUUUUCUACUUCAGACGCUUUGGCUCGCUUUCGACCUGAAGAGUGAUUCUGUUUUGAGGGAGGCUUUGCUUAAUGCUGUAAAAGUUUUGUAUCCCAACACUCGCCAUGGGUUCAUCGAGCAGAUCAUUUCUGAUCAGUCCAUGCCUCUCCCAUCCAGAAGUAUUCGAACUCAAGCACGUUUUUUUUUGGAUCUUGCAUUCAUGCAGCGUAUGCGACAACAGAAUGCGGAAAGAUACAGGAUUGGGGAGCAGUGUGGUGCAUUGCAUUUGUUGGUGGACUCCUCCCCACAAGGUGGUUACAAUUGGCUCAUGGCACAGUUGGUCUGGAUUGCGGAAGAUGAUUUGCUAAGGGUAUUUGCUUUGUCGAAGCAGCUUGUAGCACAUGGCAAGCGCUUGCGCGGUCUGGCUGAGCAAGGCUUUGUCCUGGAAGAGGAUGAAGUGGAACAGGAAAUGAAUUGCGCCAAGGCAUUGGCGAGCGCCAUCCACAGACAUCCAUGCCCUCCUGUUGGUUUAGGCCGUGGAGAUCUUUUGCAUGAAUUGCAUGCAUUGUAUCAUGCGUUACUUCUGGAGACUGGUGAUCCACAAUUGUUGGCAUGGAUGGCUUCGUGCAUUUGCGCCAUCACUUCUGACAGGGGCGUUGAGGCUGGGUAUCCACUUCGUGGAUGCUUGCAUAUUGUUCACAAUGCUACGCGCCACAUGCUGAGUGCGAUGCCCCAUUUUGAGGACAAGGUGAGGCCUGGAUUUUCUGCUCUUGUGGAUUUCCUCCACAAAAAAAUUACAAGGCAAAGAUUUGUUGCGACUUGUUUGGAGCCCUUGCCUGAAGAAAUGGUUUUCAUCCAACUUUUCAACUCCUUCCCACACACAGUGGUCAAGUGGCGAUUUGGGACCCUAGCUGCUGUUUGCAAAGAUUUGGCUGAAGUCGAAGUUCCUUUGCGCCGCUUUUGGAAUUCAGCCCGCUUGCAGUUUCAGCAGGCUGCACGGCAGAAUCAAGAAGAGGCCCAUGCCCGCGCUGCAGAUGGCGCUUUUGGUGACAACCGGUUGGAAGGGCCAAGCAUUUUCAAAGCUGGAGAGGCUGUGCUUUCAAAUACAUUUUGGAGCUGGGUUCACAUGAUUUGCAGCUUGGCAAGUUGCAUUGGCUACGUGGAAGCUUGGUUUGAGUCCUGUCCAUGCCACAGUGACCCCCAAGGACGUGAUAGGAUGCGUUUGUUUGGCAAAAUUAGCUGCCCACUGAAAAAAAUUCGGGCACCAGAGCUUGCGUGCCAAGAAUUUCGUCCUUUUUUAGAUGAGUUAGCCAUGCUGUCAGCUGCAGAGGUAGCUUUUAAGCACACGGUUUUUUGCAACGAUGCAGACCGAGCCUGGAUUCUGGAGGAUUUUGAAGCAGGCAGACAACAUCUGCAGUUCAACCUUACAAUGCAGACUUCUUGCUGGACGCAUUUGCCACACCGGCUGUGUUGCUUGGGCCAUUUUGAUGAGAAUGUUGCGCAGUCUGAGGCAGCAGAAUGCCUUCGCAUAUGGGUAGGAAUGUCCCAGACAGAGCGCCAGUGCGCCCAUCCUUGGUCUAAAGAGCUUCUGGGGGUAGGCACAGAACUUGGUCAGCAGUUUAGAGAUUUCAUUCGGGGUGGUUCUUUGACUGACCCGGGUUUUGCAAGACUUGCAUCUGUAGCUGGGAAGUUUCAGUUUAUCCCUUUGUCAGAAAAACCCAUUGAAGGAAGGCAUGCAGUGAUCCACAAAGUCUUGAAGAAGGCCAGCAAUGCUGGCCCUGUUUUUUUGAGCAUGGCUGAACGGAUGCCGCUGCUCAUGAAAUGGUCUCUUCGUGAUGUGAGCUUGAUAGCAGAUUUGGCAAAGAAGGGGGAUUCUUUGUACCACCCUUUGCAAGCAUCAGUUACACUGGGCCUUUCAUGCCAUCCAGAUCUAGCACCAUUGGUUGCAAACGUUUUACAAGAACAGCCUGAUUUUGGUUCUUGCAUGGUUUGGGGUGCAACCCACAAGUAUGCCAAAGUGGUUAAGAAGGUCGUGUACCAUGUUGAUUCAACAUCUCAGUUCAUGAGCCUUUCAGGUGUCCCAGCCAUGGAUUUCGGGAACAAGAAGACAAACAAGGCCCGCUCCAGCAUUGAUAGCGCCUACUCUUUUGAAGAGAGAGCAGCGUUUCAAAAGCUUCUGGAUGUACACCAAGCCAGUAAUGCAUACACUAUUGACAGGAGUAGUUCCUUUUCUUUGCAACCGUUGAACCAGAUGGUGCAAGGGCAUGCGGAGAUUGGAGCAAUGUCACACACUCAAGGUGACAUGAACAUGGCUGAUGCGGAUUUGUUGUUUGAUUUUCAACCUGACGGGGAUAGUGCCAUGCAAGCUGUACCAUCCCGGAACAAAGAGCCUGGGACAGAACACUUGUUGGCCUUUCGCAUUUUGUCUUUGAGAUCGACCCGGCUGAAACUGCCAGUUGUGGACAAGGAUGCUGCGUUGAUUUGGUCAGACAUCGCUGCAUCAAUUUUGCCAGUGCGAGAAACUUCAAACAUCAAUUUUCCAGAUGCUUCCAUCAUAGUGGGUUCUUGCCCAGAAGCGCCAGGUUUGUUGAAUGAUGGGCUCUCAGACGAGCACAGGCAAUAUUUGGAGCAUUUGUCUAAAUUUGGCUUGUUUGCAAAACGAAUGGUGGGCUAUGGCAGCUCACACAUGAUGGCGUCAGAAUCAGCUUUGCUUCUGGCCCUGAGAAGAGCAGAUUGGCAAUUGUUUGAAUGGCGCAAAACAAAGGCCAUCCCGUACCCAGAUGCUUAUCCCUUAGAAUUUGACAAAGCCAAACCACCAAAAAAGUAUUUCUAUGUGAAUGCUGGUCGGCAAUCUGUUGGUCAGUCCUACUUAGCUGCCUUGGUUGGUUUGUCAGACCCUGCUUUGGUGCAUUUCUUCAAGAAGCAGGGCGUGUUUUGUUUGAAGCAUUUGCAGGCAGAGAAGUACUAUGGCAAACUCUUGGCAGGAAACUUGGCGCAGGCUGAAGGGAGUGACGCGUUGCGAGAAGGUACUUGUUUCAAGCCCACCUACAGUACCUACAUCGUCGGCCCAGGCUUUACCCUAGCUGAAUCUUUCAAGUGGGGUGCUGUUUCCUUCAAGUUCAGGAAGAAGCCACCAUCAUACCAAGUCGAUUGUCCGAAUCGGAACCAAUUCAUCCGACAUGCGUGGGGGAGCACCACAACAUGUAGCAAGACCACAGCCUUCAAUGAAGGCAACAAAGAACUUGUGGUCCAGCGAUUGAAAACAUGGGCUGUUGCAGGCCUUGACUGCGAGACUCGAGAUGACCAUGUGAACCUUUCUGGUGAUGUUGCUUUCAGGCCAGUGGGCAAGCUGCUCUCACCGGAGGAUUUGGAAGAGAAAUGCCCAAAGCAGGUGAUCAAGAUCAAUCCUCCGAUCGAAGAGCUUGAGAAGUCAGCCGCUGCCGGUGGUACCAAAAAGAGUGUGCAGAAGAAAUCUUUGAAGGACAAAGCUUCAAAGAAGUGA